UUUCUUUCAAACUGUGUAAUUCUUUUCUUCUUUCUCAGCAUUUACUAAAGUUGCUCUGUUAUAAACUAAAUAUGCACAAUUUUGUUAUAUCCUUGUUGUUUAGCAUAAUUUAAUUAGUAGAAUUAUGAACGAAAAAAUGUCUGAAGCAAAUAAAAAAAAUAUUGAAUGGGAGAAUACUAAAGGACUGCGAGAACCGAUAAAAGCGCUAGAGGAUAAAUGGAAACUUGUCCCUUCAUUUUUGCAAGUAAAAGGUUUAGUAAAACAGCACAUUGAUUCAUUCAAUUAUUUCAUCAAUGUUGAGAUAAAAAAGAUUGUACAGGCCAAUGAAAAAGUAUUCUGUGAUGCUGAUCCCUUGUUCUAUAUAAAAUAUUUGAAUGCAUAUGUUGGGACUCCAGAUUUAGAAGAAGGUUUUAAUGUAACUAAGGCAGCAACACCACAUGAAUGCCGUUUAAGAGAUAUGACAUACUCUGCCCCAAUCACAGUAGAUAUUGAGUACAUAAGGGGUAAUCAGAGGGUAAUUAAGAAUAAACAACUAAUUGGAAGAAUGCCAUUAAUGUUGAGGUCAUCAAAUUGUGUAUUAACAAAUAAAUCAGAUUUUGAGUUGGCUCAACUCAAUGAAUGUCCUCAUGAUCCUGGUGGUUACUUUAUUAUCAGAGGACAAGAAAAAGUUAUUUUGAUCCAAGAGCAAUUGUCCAAAAACAGAAUGAUUGUGGAUGAAUUUAAAGGAGCUAUACAAUGUCAAGUGACAAGCUCUACACAUGAAAAGAAGACAAGAACAAAUGUCAUUGUUAAGAAUGGUAAAUAUGUUAUGAGACAUAAUGCACUGUCUGAUGAUAUACCAAUAGCUGUUGCAUUCAAGGCAAUGGGCAUUUGCACUGAUCAAGAAAUAAUGCAACUUGUAGGCUCAGAUGAUGCUAUUGCAAAGAAGAUGGCACCAUGCAUUAUGGAGUGCCACAAUCUUAAAAUAUUCACUCAAAAUCAAGCUCUUGCAUAUAUAGGAAGUAAAUUGAAGGUGAAAAGGUUUCAAACUGCAAAUACCAAAGCAAGAACUCCUGUUGAUGAAGCCAGAGAUCUGCUAGCUACCACUAUCCUUGCUCAUGUAACAGUUGAGAACUUCAAUUUUUAUGUAAAAGCUAUUUAUCUGGCUAUUAUGGUGAAAAGAGUUAUUGAGGCAGAGAAUAACAAGUCAGCAAUAGAUGAUCCAGAUUACUAUGGUAACAAGAGGUUGGAAUUAGCUGGUUCUUUGUUGUCCCUAAUGUUUGAAGAUCUCUUCAAAAGAUUCAAUUGGGAACUGAAAUCGAUAGCUGAUAAAAUUAUACCAAAAGUAAAGGCAGCACCGUUCGAUGUUGUAAAGCACAUGAGGCCAGAUCUGAUAGCAAAUGGCUUGUUUACGGCAAUAUCAUCAGGAAAUUGGACCAUUAAAAGAUUUAAGAUGGAACGACAUGGUGUAACACAGGUGCUAAGUCGUUUAAGCUACAUAUCGGCUUUAGGCAUGAUGACCAGAGUCAAUUCUCAGUUUGAGAAAACGAGGAAAGUGUCAGGUCCACGGUCACUGCAACCUUCGCAGUGGGGCAUGCUCUGUCCGUCGGACACUCCUGAAGGCGAGGGCUGCGGUCUCGUAAAGAACCUCGCGUUGAUGACGCACAUUACUACUGAUAGCUCAGAGGAACCGAUCUCACGACUAGCGUGCAAUUCCGGAGUAGAAGAUGUGAGGCUGCUGGGAGGAGAAGAAAUUAACCAUCCUGCGGUUUAUAUUGUGUUUCUAAAUGGAAACAUUUUGGGUGUAACGCGACAGUACAAGAAACUCAUCAAAAUAUUCCGGAUGUUCAGACGACGUGGUCUCAUUUCAUCUUUCGUGUCAAUUUACCCAAAUCAUAACCAAAGAACAGUUUACAUAUGUAGCGAUGGCGGAAGAUUGUGUCGUCCGUACAUAAUCGUGGAAAAGGGCAACCCCCUUGUCCAACAAGUACACUUAAAUGAACUUAAUAGAGGCAUAAGAAAGUUCCAAGAUUUCUUAAAUGAUGGCCUCAUUGAAUAUUUGGAUGUGAACGAAGAAAACGACAGUCACAUAGCAACAGUUGAAGCAGAAAUAGAUCCAUACGUCACUACGCACCUUGAAAUAGAGCCGUUUACAAUAUUAGGCGUGUGCGCCGGCCUGGUGCCCUACCCGCACCACAAUCAGAGCCCGAGGAAUACAUACCAAUGUGCUAUGGGCAAACAAGCUAUGGGUACAAUUGGAUACAAUCAAAAAAAUAGAAUCGAUACCUUGAUGUACAAUUUGGUGUACCCUCAAUGUCCAAUGGUAAAAACAAAGACAAUAGAGUUAACAAACUUCGACAAGUUGCCCGCCGGACAGAACGCCACCGUCGCCGUCAUGAGCUACAGCGGCUACGAUAUCGAGGAUGCACUCAUCCUCAACAGAGCUUCGAUAGAUAGAGGCUACGGACGAUGCCUUGUCUACAAAAGUGCUAAAACAACUAUGAAAAGAUAUAGCAAUCAAACAUCUGAUAGAAUAUUAGGACCUUCAAAAGACGCCACAACAGGAAAAGUUAUAAAAGCGCACGAUAUCCUAGAUUCCGAUGGAAUCGCUGCUCCUGGAGAAAUGGUCGAGAAUCGACAAGUUUUAAUAAAUAAACAAAUGCCUCCGGCUACAAUAAAUCCUAUUGCGCAAGGACAGCAACAACAAAUUGAAUACAAAGAAGUACCAGUCACAUAUAAAGGUCCGGUAGAGUCGUACAUAGAGAAAGUCAUGGUUUCCGCGAACGCAGAGGAUGCAUUUCUAAUUAAAAUCUUACUUAGACAAACUAGAAUCCCCGAAAUUGGAGAUAAGUUUAGUUCUAGACACGGUCAAAAAGGUGUUACUGGAUUAAUAGUUCAACAAGAAGAUAUGCCAUUUAAUGACAGAGGGAUAUGUCCUGAUAUGAUUAUGAACCCUCAUGGCUUUCCAUCGCGAAUGACAGUCGGUAAAACUAUCGAAUUGCUUGCAGGAAAAGCAGGUUUAAUGGAAGGAAAAUUCCAUUAUGGCACAGCAUUUGGUGGAUCCAAAGUCAAAGAUGUAUGCAAUGAACUAGAAAAACAUGGCUACAAUUAUCAUGGCAAAGAUAUAUUUUAUUCGGGAAUUACAGGUGAACCUUUAGAAGCUUACAUUUAUUCAGGACCGGUUUAUUACCAGAAGCUAAAGCACAUGGUGCAAGACAAGAUGCACGCGCGCGCCCGCGGCCCCCGCGCAGUGCUCACGCGACAGCCCACUGAGGGUCGGUCGCGGGACGGCGGUCUGCGUCUGGGUGAAAUGGAACGAGAUUGCCUCAUUGGAUACGGUGCCAGUAUGUUGCUAAUGGAGCGCCUGAUGCUGGCGUCGGACGCGUUCAGUGCGGACAUCUGCGGCGCGUGCGGGCGACUGGCGAGCCGCGCCUGGUGCCACGCCUGCCGCUCCUCCGCCGCCGUCUCCGCCGUAGAGAUGCCCUACGCCUGCAAGCUGCUCUUCCAGGAGCUCGCCUCCAUGAACAUCGUACCCAAACUUACGCUUAAGAAAUAUUGCUAAUUAAUA